UCUAACACAAAAUUGAGACUCAUAAGAAUAUGAAGCAACUCAAGCUCUUAGCCUUACAUUAUUCAUGUCAUGGUCAUGGUGGAGCUUUCAUGGUGCAGUAGCAGACCCUCAAACUCGUUUACUCAACAAGGGUUGUAGCCAAUACAACGCAACCAACUUGUCAAACUUCUACCAAAAUCUGAACUCAACUUUGGAAGAUUUGAGAACAAAGGUGAACAACCAAAGCAAGCACUUUGCCACAGCACAAGCAGCCAAGGGAGCAGACCCUGUCUAUGCUAUGUUUCAGUGCAGAAACUACCUCUCCAACACUGACUGCUCCGCCUGCUUCGCCACCGCCUCCGCCCAAAUCCGCAACUGCUCCGCCGGUGCCAACGGUGCUCGUGUCAUUUAUGAUGGUUGCUUUCUUAGGUAUGAGAGCAAUGGCUUCUUUGACCAGACCACUAUGCCUGGCAAUAGUAUGAUUUGUGGAAAUCAGACUGCAGUUGGAGCCAAUGCUUUUGAUGCAGCUGCACAACAAGCACUAAUGGAUCUGCAAAUAGCAACACCCAAAAUUACUGGUUUCUUUGCAGCUACCAAGACACAAGUUGCUGGUGGUGCCAUCUAUGCCAUUGCACAAUGUGCUGAAAAUGUCACACAGAGUGGUUGUCUUGAUUGCUUAACAGUUGGAUACAACAACAUACAAAGUUGUUUUCCCAAUACAGAUGGUAGAGCAUUUGAUGCUGGGUGUUUUAUGAGAUAUUCUGAGACAUCCUUCUUUGCUGAUAACCAGACAAUUGAUAUCACACCCUUCUUAAAAGGAAGUUCAAGCAAGAAAGGGGCCAUUAUUGGUGGUGUUGUUGGAGGUGUAGGUCUUAUUGUGAUCCUCCUUGCACUAUUUGUCUGGCUUAGAGGGUACAAGAAACCCAAGAGGGUUCCUAGAGGUGACAUAUUGGGAGCAACUGAGUUGAGAGGUCCAGUUAACUACAGGUAUAAAGAUUUGAAGUCUGCAACAAAAAAUUUCAGUGAUGAAAAUAAACUAGGAGAAGGAGGUUUUGGAGAUGUUUACAAGGGUACUCUGAAAAAUGGUAAAGUAGUUGCAGUCAAGAAAUUAAUUUUAGGCAAAUCCAGCAAGUUGGAUGAACAUUUUGAAAGUGAAGUCAAGCUUAUAAGCAAUGUUCAUCAUAGGAAUCUAGUUCGACUUCUUGGAUGUUGCAGUAAAGGCCAAGAGAGAAUCCUUGUUUAUGAAUACAUGGCAAACAACAGCUUGGACAGAUUCUUAUUUGGUGAAAAGAAGGGUUCUCUCAACUGGAAACAAAGGUACGAUAUAAUUUUAGGCACAGCAAGGGGUCUGGCCUAUCUACAUGAGGAUUUCCACGUUUGCAUCAUACAUAGAGAUAUAAAGACUAACAAUAUCCUCUUGGAUGAGGAUCUUCAGCCUAGAAUUGCUGAUUUUGGGUUGGCAAGGCUUCUACCAGAGGACCAAUCUCAUCUUAGCACAAAAUUUGCUGGAACAUUGGGAUACACAGCACCUGAGUAUGCAAUCCAUGGUCAGUUAUCAGUGAAAGCCGAUACCUACAGCUUUGGUGUUGUAGUCUUAGAAAUCAUAAGUGGCCAAAAGAGCAGUGAAUUGAGGGCAGAUGAUGAUGGUGAAUUCCUUCUUCAAAAGGCAUGGAAAUUGUACGAGGGAGAUAUGCACUUGGAGUUGGUUGACAAGACAUUGGACCCUCAUGAAUAUGAUGCAGAAGAAAUGAAGAAAGUUAUAGAGAUUGCUUUGCUGUGUACUCAAGCAUCACCUGCUGCAAGACCAACAAUGUCUGAAGUAGUAGUUUUACUCAAAAGUAAGAACUUGCUGGAGCAAAUGAAGCCAACUAUGCCUGUCUUUGUUGAAACAAACUAUAGGUCCAGGGCAGACAACUCUACCUCAACUGGUUCCUCUACAUCUAAAGCUACUGCUUCCACUUCUGUACUAUCAGCUCGAUGAAUAUAUUAAGUAGAAGCAUGGAUGUCCAGUUAAGGGAUUUGAAGCUUAAAACUGAAGAGAGAAAUAAAGAAAAAAAACAAGUACAGGAUUUACUUCAAUUUUUUUUUUUUAAAAAAAAAAAUUGUAUAUUAAUACUUCAAAUACGAAGUAUAUUGUGAAAUAGUGAUUACUAUGAUAUUUAAUUCGUUGAAUAGAAUCAAUGGUUUUGUUGAUAAUGAAGCAGUUUAUUAAUGAAGAGGGGAUUG